AUGGCACAUGCAACUAUCGUUAAAUUGGGCGCACCGGGCAAUAAUCCGAUAACGUCCGAUUUGGAGGGCUGGAAAGUUGUCGAAGGGUCACCAACGAUGAAAACCUGGAUCCAGUACACCUCCGCCGACGGCUCAAUGAUCUCCGGCACGUGGAUGGCGACGCCGGGCAGUUAUCACGCUACCUACACCAGCUACGAAUUUGUCCAUGUGAUUGAAGGACGGCUCACCAUCACUCCGGAUGGCAGCGGCGAAGCGGUGCAACUCGCGCCCGGCGAUGCAUUUGUCGUUGAACCUGGCUUCAAAGGUAUCUGGAAAAUCGAAGAAAAGGUGCUGAAGCACUUUGACAUCAAGCUGAAGUAG